GCGGAUGAGACAUAUCACUUCGUCCUACACACUCACACUACUGAUUCCUUCCUUUCACUGAGCACCAUACCCAUGGAAGGACAGGUCUCUCACUCUAAAACGCGCCUUCACAACCGCGUCAUUGGCCAUGGAUGGUCACGGCCUGAGUACCAAUAUGAAGGCCCCACUGUAAGGGAGGGGGGUACCAACCAGUGGUUGUGCAUCGUCCGAAUGAAUGCCUCAGAAUGGGGUCGCGCAUACGGGCCAUCCAGGCAUGCAGCAUCCGAGGCUGCAGCUGCCAUCGCCUACAGCGUUCUGAUCCAGCAAGGCUACUGAUUUACUAUGUUUCUUCAUGUAAAGUCUUCUUUCCCGUUGCACCCUCAAGACAUGCCCUAUUUUCGGUAGCCAACUGAGGACGUUCGUAUUACUAGUACUAGUACCUUGGAGGCUCUGAGUAUAAAGCACAUACAGUCGUAGUUCUGAAUAUCCGGUCUUCCCCAAUGACUCUGUAUAGCUACGCCAACCCAAUGUCAGAUAUAUCGCACUGCAGCUG